AGUUAUAUAUAUAAUCAAAUAGGUAAUUGCUGUGUUUUUGUUGACUGCACAAAAAUAAUAAACAGCCCACAAACGAAGCGGAACCAAACUCGCGGAAAGUCAGGGACGCUUUAUACUGCGGACUCAAUUACGACGACGCUCCAUCCGGUUGGCUUCGCUGCUUCCCCCUUGAGUAAUGGGCAUGUAGAUAGUCGGUUAUAGUCCUUAUUAAACUUAUUCUACCACAUGGUUAUCGUCCUCAGAAGACAUCAUGUUUAGUUGGAAGGCGCUGCAGAAGAACAAGACGGUGCGAUAUGGCGUCCCGAUGAUGCUGCUGAUCGUCGGAGGCUCCUUCGGGCUGCGGGAGUUCACUCAGAUCCGCUACGACGUGCAGAAGAUCAAGAGAAAGAUGGACCCCUCCCUCGAGGCCCACGUGAACACGAAGCGGCAGGCAGGGUUGCUGCAAGAGGAGUACCAGAAGCUGCAGGAGGUGAAGCUGGACGAGUGGAGGAACAUCCGGGGCCCGCGGCCCUGGGAAGACUCCAAGGAUUACCAGGAGCAGCAGCGCUCCCGCCAGAGCCCCGAGGCCUGAGUGUGUGUGUGGGGGGGGGGGGGGGGGCAGGGGACCCCCGGACCUGGAACUGGAACUGGACCCCAAAGCUCGGUCUCGAACCAGUGCGGACCCCUUGUCAUCAUCCAGUCCGGCUCUUCCAAUCCUACCAAUCCAAAAAACUCUGAGGGGGGGGAUGCCAGAGUCCACUGGCAUCCAAUGCCAGUGGACUCUGAGGGGGGGUUCAGCCAAUCCCAGUGGACUCUGAGGGGGGGUCCAUCCAAUCCCAGUGGACUCUGAGGGGGGGUCCAUCCAAUCCCAGUGGACUCUGAGGGGGGGUUCAGCCAAUCCCAGUGGACUCUGAGGGGGGGUCCAUCCAAAACCAGUGGACUCUGAGGUGGGGGGGGGGGGCCAAUCCACCCAAGCCCAGUGAACUCCGUGAGACCGGCGCUUCGUUCAGAAUAAGAACUUCCCUUUGUUUUGUUUGGACGUUCAAAUUUGAGGAUGUGUCACAAGUUGAGGAUGUGGGCGGUGAUGCUGCGCUUGGUGUAAGCAUCUGAACAUGCUAAUGCUAAGGCAUGCUUGUGUGUGUCGUAGGGUAAUUACGUUCUUUGCAAGCGCAUUGACAUGCUAUGCUAGUGUGCUAAUGUGCAAGUGCGCUUUGAAGUUUUUGUUUACGUACUUACACGCAGAAAGUGUUCAGGCUAUAUUGACAGGUUCAGCACAGCAAAAAGGUUAAUUCGAUUAAUCUGAUGCACAAGGUUUAACUGAGCUUAUCAAUCCUACCAAUCAGUCCGCAUCGGGGCGAUCAAUAGCUGAACCAGUCUGGGUCAUGUCCGUAUGUCUCUAUAUGACAUUACCUGUUGUAACACCUGUUUCAGGUGUAACAAAA